CACUCCCACUGCUAUGUUCAACAGCACUGUUGUCUUUGCUAGUGGCAGCACGUCCUACGUUAACACCACAACUGGCAAUUUCAACACCACCACCAUCAGUGCCAGCACUGCAAGCCAGAACAUCGCUGCUAGUCGCAGUGCUAUGGUAAACAACACAAUGACCCUUGCUAGUGUCAGCACUGUGAGUGUUAAUACCACAACUAAUAAUGUUAACAACAUCAAUGCCAGUGCAACUACUGCAAGUCAGAACACCAACAUUAGUACCCCUGCCAUUGUAAACACAACCAUCACCCUUGCUGGUGUCAGCAGUGCCACUGUUAACUCCACCACUGGCAGUGGUAACACCAUCAUCAGUGCAACCAAUGCAAGCCUCAACUCCAGUGUCAGUCCCACUGUCAGUUUCAACACCACAUUCAAUAUUGCUAGUGCCAGCACUCCCACUCUUAUGACUGCAACUGGCAAUGUCGACAACACCACCGUUAUUUCACCAACUACAAGCCAGAACACCACUGUCAGUCCCACUGCAAUUAUCAACACCUCCAUCACUGUUGCACUUGUGAGCACUGGCACCAAGAACACCACAAUUGGCAAUGUGAACAACACCACCAUCGUUGCCACCACUGCAAAUCUCAACACCACUGUCACUCCCACCACCAGGGUCAACGCCACUGUCUCCCUUGGUAGUGGCAGCAAUGCCAAUGAACUCUACACAGCUGGUAAUGUCAGUACCACAACAAUUAGUGCUACGACUGCAAGCCUCAACACCAAUGUCACUUUCAGCAUCAAUUUCAACACCACUGUCUCUACUGCUGGUGCCAUCACUCCCACUCUUAUUACCACAACUGGCAAUGUUAACAACACCACCACUAUUUCCACCACUGCAAGUCAGAUCACCACUGUCAGUCCCACUGCAAUUGUAAACACCACUGUCUCCCUUAGUAGUGGCAGCACUGCCACUAUGAACUCCAGAAUUGGCAAUGUUGAGAACACCACCUUUAGUGCCACCACUGCAAAUCUCAACACCACUGUCACUCCCACUGUAAGUGUAAAUACCACCAUCACCAUUGCUUCUGGGAGGACUGAGACUGUUAAUAUCACAAGUGGCCAUGUGGACAACACCAACACCAGUGUCACCAAUGCAAGCCUCAGCACCACCUUCACUCCCACUGCUAUGUUCAACAGCACUGUUGUCUUUGCUAGUGGCAGCACGUCCUAUGUUAACACCACAACUGGCAAUUUCAACACCACCACCAUCAGUGCCAGCACUGCAAGCCAGAACAUCACUGUUAGUCCCAGUGCCAGGGUAAACACCACAAUGACCCUUGCUAAUGCCAGCACCGUGAGUGAUAAUACCACAACUAAUAAUGUUAACAACACCAAUGCCAGUCCAACUACUGCAAGUCAGAACACCAACACUAGUACCCCUGCCUUUGUAAACAACACCAUCACCCUUGUUGGUGUCAGCAGUGCCAUUGUUAACUCAGCCACUGGCAAUGGUCACACCACUAUCAGUGCCACCAAUGCAAGCCUCAGCACCACCAUCACUCCCACUGCUAUGUUCAACAGCACUGUUGUCUUUGCUAGUGGCAGCACGUCCUCCGUUAACACCACAACUGGCAAUUUCAACACCACCACCAUCCGUGCCAGCACUGCAAACCAGAACAUCACUGUUAGUCCCAGUGCUAUGGUAAACAUCACAAUGACCCUUGCUAGUGUCAGCAGUGCCACUGUUAACUCCACCACUGGCAGUGGUAACACCAUCAUCAGUGCAACCAAUGCAAGCCUCAACUCCAGUGUCAGUCCCACUGUCAGUUUCAACACCACAUUCAAUAUUGCUAGUGCCAGCACUCCCACUCUUAUGACUGCAACUGGCAAUGUCGACAACACCACCGUUAUUUCACCAACUACAAGCCAGAACACCACUGUCAGUCCCACUGCAAUUGUCAACACCUCCAUCACUGUUGCACUUGUGAGCACUGGCACCAAGAACACCACAACUGGCAAUGUGAACAACACCACCAUCAUUGCCACCACUGCAAAUCUCAACACCACUGUCACUCCCACCACCAGGGUCAACACCACUGUCUCCCUUGGUAGUGGCAGCAAUGCCAAUGAACUCUACACAGCUGGUAAUGUCAGUACCACAACAAUUAGUGCUACGACUGCAAGUCUCAACACCAAUGUCACUUCCACCAUCAAUUUCAACACCACUGUCUCUGCUGCUGGUGCCAUCACUCCCACUCUUAUUACCACAACUGGCAAUGUUGACAACACCACCACUAUUUCCACCACUGCAAGUCAGAUCACCACUGUCAGUCCCACUGCAAUUGUAAACACCACUGUCUCCCUUGGUAGUGGCAGCACUGCCACUAUGAACUCCAGAAUUGGCAAUGUUGAGAACACCACCUUUAGUGCCACCACUGCAUACCUCAACACCAAUGUCACUACUACUGCAAGUGUAAAUACCACCAUCACCAUUGCUUCUGGGAGGACUGCCACUGUUAAUAUCACAAGUGGCCAUGUGGACAACACCAACACCAGUGUCACCAAUGCAAGCCUCAGCACCACCUUCACUCCCACUGCUAUGUUCAACAGCACUGUUGUCUUUGCUAGUGGCAGCACGUCCUACGUUAACACCACAACUGGCAAUUUCAACACCACCACCAUCAGUGCCAGCACUGCAAGCCAGAACAUCACUGUUAGUCCCAGUGCCAGGGUAAACACCACAAUGACCCUUGCUAAUGCCAGCACUGUGAGUGAUAAUACCACAACUAAUAAUGUUAACAACACCAAUGCCAGUCCAACUACUGCAAGUCAGAACACCAACAUUAGUACCCCUGCUUUUGUAAACAACACCAUCACCCUUGUUGGUGUCAGCAGUGCCAUUGUUAACUCAGCCACUGGCAAUGGUCACACCACUAUCAGUGCCACCAAUGCAAGCCUCAGCACCACCAUCACUCCCACUGCUAUGUUCAACAGCACUGUUGUCUUUGCUAGUGGCAGCACGUCCUCCGUUAACAUCACAACUGGCAAUUUCAACACCACCUCCAUCAGUGCCAGCACUGCAAGCCAGAACAUCACUGUUAGUCCCAGUGCUAUGGUAAACACCACAAUGACCCUUGCUAGUGUCAGCAGUGCCAUUGUUAACUCAGCCACUGGCAAUGGUAACACCACUAUCAGUGCCACCAAUGCAAGCCUGAGCACCACCAUCACUCCCACUGCUAUGUUCAACAGCACUGUUGUCUUUGCUAGUGGCAGCACGUCCUACGUUAACACCACAACUGGCAAUUUCAACACCACCACCAUCAGUGCCAGCACUGCAAGCCAGAACUUCACUGUUAGUCCCAGUGCUAUGGUAAACACCACAAUGACCUUUGCUAAUGUCAGCACUGUGAGUGUUAAUACCACAACUAAUAAUGUUAACAACAUCAAUGCCAGUGCAACUACUCCAAGUCAGAACACCAACAUUAGUACCCCUGCCAUUGUAAACACAACCAUCACUCUUGCUGGUGUCAGCACUGCCACUGUUAACUCCACCACUGGCAGUGGUAACACCAUCAUCAGUGCAACCAAUGCAAGCCUCAACUCCAGUGUCAGUCCCACUGUCAGUUUCAACACCACAUUCAAUAUUGCUAGUGCCAGCACUCCCACUCUUAUGACUGCAACUGGCAAUGUCGACAACACCACCAUUAUUUCACCAACUACAAGCCAGAACACCACUGUCAGUCCCACUGCAAUUGUCAACACCUCCAUCACUGUUGCACUUGUGAGCACUGGCACCAAGAACACCACAACUGGCAAUGUGAACAACACCACCAUCAUUGCCACCACUGCAAAUCUCAACACCACUGUCACUCCCACCACCAGGGUCAACACCACUGUCUCCCUUGGUAGUGGCAGCAAUGCCAAUGAACUCUACACAGCUGGUAAUGUCAGUACCACAACAAUUAGUGCUACGACUACAAGCCUCAACACCAAUGUCACUUCCACCAUCAAUUUCAACACCACUGUCUCUACUGCUGGUGCCAUCACUCCCACUCUUAUUACCACAACUGGCAAUGUCGACAACACCACCAUUAUUUCACCAACUACAAGCCAGAACACCACUGUCAGUCCCACUGCAAUUGUCAACACCUCCAUCACUGUUGCACUUGUGAGCACUGGCACCAAGAACACCACAACUGGCAAUGUGAACAACACCACCAUCAUUGCCACCACUGCAAAUCUCAACACCACUGUCACUCCCACCACCAGGGUCAACACCACUGUCUCCCUUGGUAGUGGCAGCAAUGCCAAUGAACUCUACACAGCUGGUAAUGUCAGUACCACAACAAUUAGUGCUACGACUGCAAGUCUCAACACCAAUGUCACUUCCACCAUCAAUUUCAACACCACUGUCUCUUCUGCUGGUGCCAUCACUCCCACUCUUAUUACCACAACUGGCAAUGUUGACAACACCACCACUAUUUCCACCACUGCAAGUCAGAUCACCACUGUCAGUCCCACUGCAAUUGUAAACACCACUGUCUCCCUUGGUAGUGGCAGCACUGCCACUAUGAACUCCAGAAUUGGCAAUGUUGAGAACACCACCUUUAAUGCCACCACUGCAUACCUCAACACCAAUGUCACUACUACUGCAAGUGUAAAUACCACCAUCACCAUUGCUUCUGGGAGGACUGCCACUGUUAAUAUCACAACUGGCCAUGUGGAAAACACCAACACCAGUGUCACCAAUGCAAGCCUCAGCAUCACCAUCACUCCCACUGCUAUGUUCAACAGCACUGUUGUCUUUGCUAGUGGCAGCACGUCCUACGUUAACACCACAACUGGCAAUUUCAACACCACCACCAUCAGUGCCAGCACUGCAAACCAGAACAUCACUGUUAGUCCCAGUGCUAUGGUAAACACCACAAUGACCCUUGCUAAUGUCAGCACUGUGAGUGUUAAUACCACAACUAAUAAUGUUAACAACAUCAAUGUCAGUGCAACUACUGCAAGUCAGAACACCAACAUUAGUACCCCUGCCAUUGUAAACACAACCAUCACCCUUGCUGGUGUCAGCAGUGCCACUUUUAACUCCACCACUGGCAGUGGUAACACCAUCAUCAGUGCAACCAAUGCAAGCCUCAACUCCAGUGUCAGUCCCACUGUCAGUUUCAACACCACAUUCAAUAUUGCUAGUGCCAGCACUCCCACUCUUAUGACUGCAACUGGCAAUGUCGACAACACCACCAUUAUUUCACCAACUACAAGCCAGAACACCACUGUCAGUCCCACUGCAAUUGUCAACACCUCCAUCACUGUUGCACUUGUGAGCACUGGCACCAAGAACACCACAACUGGCAAUGUGAACAACACCACCAUCAUUGCCACCACUGCAAAUCUCAACACCACUGUCACUCCCACCACCAGGGUCAACACCACUGUCUCCCUUGGUAGUGGCAGCAAUGCCAAUGAACCCUACACAGCUGGUAAUGUCAGUACCACAACAAUUAGUGCUACGACUGCAAGCCUCAACACCAAUGUCACUUCCACCAUCAAUUUCAACACCACUGUCUCUACUGCUGGUGCCAUCACUCCCACUCUUAGAACCACAACUGGCAAUGUUGAGAACACCACCUUUAGUGCCACCACUGCAUACCUCAACACCAAUGUCACUACUACUGCAAGUGUAAAUACCACCAUCACCAUUGCUUCUUGGAGGACUGCCACUGUUAAUAUCACAACUGGCAAUGUGGACAACACCAACACCAAUGUGACCACUGCAAGCCUCAGCACCACCAUCACUCCCACUGCUGUGUUCAACAGCACUGUUGUCUUUGGUAGUGGCAGCACGUCCUACGUUAACACCACAACUGGCAAUUUCAACACCACCACCAUCAGUGCCAGCACUGUAAGCCAGAACAUCACUGUUAAUCCCAGUGCUAUGGUAAACACCACAAUGACCCUUGCUAGUGUCAGCACUGUGAGUGUUAAUACGACAACUAAUAAUGUUAACAACACCAAUGCCAGUGCAACUACUGCAAGUCAGAACACCAACAUUAGUACCCCUGCCAUUGUAAACACAACCAUCACCCUUGCUGGUGUCAGCAGUGCCACUGUUAACUCCACCACUGGCAGUGGUAACACCAUCAUCAGUGCAACCAAUGCAAGCCUCAACUCCAGUGUCAGUCCCACUGUCAGUUUCAACACCACAUUCAAUAUUGCUAGUGCCAGCACUCCCACUCUUAUGACUGCAACUGGCAAUGUCGACAACACCACCGUUAUUUCACCAACUACAAGCCAGAACACCACUGUCAGUCCCACUGCAAUUGUCAACACCUCCAUCACUGUUGCACUUGUGAGCACUGGCACCAAGAACACCACAACUGGCAAUGUGAACAACACCACCAUCAUUGCCACCACUGCAAAUCUCAACACCACCGUCACUCCCACCACCAGGGUCAACACCACUGUCUCCCUUGGUAGUGGCAGCAAUGCCAAUGAACUCUACACAGCUGGUAAUGUCAGUACCACAACAAUUAGUGCUACGACUGCAAGCCUCAACACCAAUGUCACUUCCACCAUCAAUUUCAACACCACUGUCUCUACUGCUGGUGCCAUCACUCCCACUCUUAUUACCACAUCUGGCAAUGUUGACAACACCACCACUAUUUCCACCACUGCAAGUCAGAUCACCACUGUCAGUCCCACUGCAAUUGUAAACACCACUGUCUCCCUUGGUAGUGGCAGCACUGCCACUAUGAACUCCAGAAUUGGCAAUGUUGAGAACACCACCUUUAGUGCCACCACUGCAUACCUCAACACCAAUGUCACUACUACUGCAAGUGUAAAUACCACCAUCACCAUUGCUUCUGGGAGGACUGCCACUGUUAAUAUCACAACUGGCCAUGUGGAAAACACCAACACCAGUGUCACCAAUGCAAUCCUCAGCACCACCUUCACUCCCACUGCUAUGUUCAACAGCACUGUUGUCUUUGCUAGUGGCAGCACGUCCUACGUUAACACCACAACUGGCAAUUUCAACAACACCACCAUCAGUGCCAGCACUGCAAGCCAGAACAUCACUGUUAGUCCCAGUGCUAUGUUAAACACCACAAUGACCCUUGCUAAUGUCAGCACUGUGAGUGUUAAUACCACAACUAAUAACGUUAACAACACCAAUGCCAGUGCAACUACUGCAAGUCAGAACACCAACAUUAGUACCCCUGCCAUUGUAAACACAUCCAUCACCCUUGCUGGUGUCAGCAGUGCCACUGUUAACUCCACCACUGGCAGUGGUAACACCAUCAUCAGUGCAACCAAUGCAAACCUCAACUCCAGUGUCAGUCCCACUGUCAGUUUCAACACCACAUUCAAUAUUGCUAGUGCCAGCACUCCCACUCUUAUGACAGCAACUGGCAAUGUCGACAACACCACCAUUAUUUCACCAACUACAAGCCAGAACACCACUGUCAGUCCCACUGCAAUUGUCAACACCUCCAUCACUGUUGCACUUGUGAGCACUGGCACCAUGAACACCACAACUGGCAAUGUGAACAACACCACCAUCAUUGCCACCACUGCAAAUCUCAACACCACUGUCUCCCUUGGUAGUGGCAGCAAUGCCAAUGUUAUUUACACAACUGGUAAUGUCAGUAACACCACCAUCAGUGCCACCACUGCAAGCCUCAACACCAAUGUCACUAUUUCUGCAAGUGCAAAUACCACCAUCACCAUUGCUUCUGGGAGGACUGCCACUGUUAAUAUCACAAGUGGCCAUGUGGACAACACCAACACCAGUGUCACCACUGCAAGCCUCAGCACCACCAUCACUCCCUCUGCUAUGAUCAACAGCACUGUUGUCUUUGCUAGUGGCAGCACGUCCUACGUUAACACCACAACUGGCAAUUUCAACACCACCACCAUCAGUGCCAGCACUGCAAGCCAGAGCAUCACUGUUAGUCCCAGUGCUAUGGUAAACACCACAAUGACCCUUGCUAGUGUCAGCACUGUGAGUGUUAAUACCACAACUAAUAAUGUUAACAACACCAAUGCCAGUGCAACUACUGCAAGUCAGAACACCAGCAUUAGUACCCCUGCCAUUGUAAACAACACCAUCACCCUUGCUGGUGUCAGCAGUGCCACUUUUAACUCCGCAACUCACAAUGUUAACACCACCAUCAGUGCCACCAAUGCAAGCCUCAACUCCAGUGUGAGUCCCACAGUCAGUUUCAACACCACCACUAUCACCAUUGCUAGUCUUAGCACUGCCACUGUCAACACCAUAGCUGGCAAUGCCAACAAUACCAGUGUCACUGCCACUGCUGCAAGCUACAACACUACAGUCAGUCCUAUUCUGAGUUCCAGCAGCACCAGCACCAUUGCCAGUGGCAUCACUACAUAUGAUAAUAACACACAAGUCAGCAACAACACUUCUGCUUCUAUGACUACCAUUUUCAAAACCACUGUUAAUACCACCGCCACCCCUCCUGUUUUCACAGACAGCCAUAAGGCUACAAUAGCCUUUGCUGCCAGCACUACUGUAACCACCAGCACUAGUGACAAGAUCAGUCUCAACAGCACACUUCCUAGUAAAAAUACUCCUAUUCCCACUGAUGAACCUACCAGUGCCAUUACCACAACUGGAAUUACCAUUAGUUCUAACAAUGCAACACCAUCCAAGGUCACUAUGAGCCCUAGUGUCAGCUCCAGUGCAAGUACCAUUAUCACCACUGGUGAAAUCACCUCCUCAGCCACCAUCACCAUUGUCACUAUACCUACUUCCACUACUAUGGCACCACAGAUCAUUUGCCAAGGUGUAAAUAGUUAUACACUAGAGAAUCAGCUGUUGUCUGGAGAUGUUUCUGCUGUGCUCUGCAACUUCAACAUCUCUGAAUAUGCCUGUUCAUCCUCCUCUAAGGUUGCUGCUCUGUCCUCUGAUGAUCUCUUCAAACUACUGACUUGCAAACUGCCAAGCAACGUGGUCUACUCUAAAGACAUUUGGGUGCUUUUCCUCCAAAAGUUUGCAGCACCUCUCCCGGCAGCUCUGGAUAAGUACUCCAGCGUGACCCCCAGCAUCACUCUGCCUGACCCAUCUUUUCUUAAUGCCAUCGGAGACGUGAUAGUCAACAGCUUCAGUGCUGCACAGCUUAGGGAUGCCGUUUUCAUCACCCAGUGGUUCCAGAUUCGGCUCAAACCAUUUUUAUCAUCAGUGCCUGCAAACUUCCUUUCCAUUUUCAGUUCCAGGAACUUCAGCUGUGAGACCUACCAAGUUGUGGUACAAGCAUUUAGCUCACAAGAACCGGCCAUGCAAGAUAAGCAAAAAUUGUCCGUCAUCAGUAAUUUCAUCAAGCCCUUCCUCAAAGGUCAGUCCUGUGUGCUGCCCGGGAGCAACGACUCAGACUGGCUGGUGAAGAAUUUUGGCCAAUUCAGGAGUUCUGCUUCAUUUUCUGACUUCAUCAGCCUGAAGAGUGACUUCAAUGGAGUAAAUGCAGCAGAGGUUCUAACUUCAUCCCAGUUGGCAGAACUUUGCUCCGACCCCACUCGACUUACUGGUCCCCAGGAUGUAAACACUGUGAUGGCAGCUGUCAGCCCAAUUCAGAACCAAUUCACCUCCUUCUUUGACAACCUCACUUCCAGCAUCCAGCGGAAUGGGUCACUGUACUCCCCUGCGGUGAAGGAAGCUUUCCUCCAGGCGGCUCUGCUGAGACUGUCCUCUGCAGCAGUGCCUGAUUCAGAAGUGCAGCAGUGGGUGACCGUUCGGCUCAGGCCGCUCCUCUCCAGCCUCUCCUCUGCAGAUGUAACACCAUACUUCAGCAUCAUCAGAGGCAGGAGCUGCAACACCAGACAGACAGCAGUGAGCAGUUUGGACUCUGUGAGAUCGUCUUUCAACAGCGACACACAGACCCAAAUCUACAGCAACAUCCAGCAGCUCCUCACUGGGCUGAAUGGUUUGGACUGCUACAGUGGCGGGAGCUUCUAUGCCUUCCUCAAGAACUCCUUCCUCAGUUUUGGGUUUCCUGACCUGAGUACCUUUUUGUCCCUCAUCCCAGCCAGCCGACAGCAAGAGCUGUUGGGCUCCAUCUCUCCAGCAGAACUGAGCGUGUUUCUGAAUGGGCUGAACACAGUCAGGAACGGGUCAGACCUCUGCACGCUCCUCAACAACUACAACAGUACCAACCAGUACCUGCAGACGCAGCCAGUUGUAUCUGCAGCUGUGGGCAGACAGACGUUGGGGUGCGUUUGGUCUCGUGCUCUCAGCGCGUCGUCUCAGGAUGAGGUGGAUCAGUGGUUUAAUGUCAGGCUGGCUCAGUACCUACCCCUCCUCAGCUCUCAGCUCAUCAGCCCCACCCAGCUCAGUGGCGCCUCCUGCCUGUCAUACAGGAAACUGGUUUCAGUCCUGGGGAACAGCUAUAAUUACUCAGCCACGGAUUUCACUCCAGCUGUUGUGUACAGCUCUAUGAAGGCUUAUCUGAACAGCAGUGAUGGCUCUCCACGCUGCUAUAACUCCUCCAAUCCUCUCCUGAACUCUACUGCCUGGUUUGCCAAUAACAUUGGAUUCUUCAUCACCUUCAUCUCCCUCACUGAUCUCCAGUCCUUUGUAUCAGGCAGCCAGAUUGGUGUGUUCCUGGAAAACUCACUGAAUAUUCAGCUGUUUAACAACUCAGGGAUUUCAUCCAAUGUCACCACAUACUACGGCACGCAGCUAUAUAUGAAGAAUCCAAAAUACAACCCCCUCAGUUUGCCAGGUAUCCUCCUGUGUGGAGCUCCUGGCUCUGUAUUUGUGUCUCUGACAACUGCAGACAGCCUGACCAUCCUGCAGAGCCUCAAGAAAUCCUGUCAACAAAUUAGUCAAGCGGCUACUGCAGCUCUUGUGGCAAACUUCCCCACUUUGUCCUCGGAUACCAUCAAGUCACUUGGCAACCAGAGCAUUGGUUUGACUGAAGGCCAGAUCAGUGAUGCUAAACCCGAUAUCAUUAACAAUAAUCUGCCAUCACUGAGCAUCAUCACAGGCUGGAACCAGGGUCAGGUCAACAACAUCAUCCAGAGCAUCACUAACGCUGGCUUCAGUAUCAACAGUGGCUCCGCCCUGGUGACUCUGGGUACGCUCAUUGGAGGUGUUCCCUCAGCAGCCAUCUUUGAAAUUCCAUCCACUGAACUUCUCACCGUUUCCCAGAAUCCAACAUUCAUCACCAGCAUUCAGACAGCCCCAGUGAUCCUUCAAGAAACAUACGUACUGAAGAUUGUCUCUAUAGAUCAGACUAAAGUGGUGGAGAAUGUCCCAGAUGCUUUGGCAGGGUAUAUCCCACCAGUGCUGCUGUCGUCUCCCACCUCUGUUAAUGUUACACUCAUUAACAAGAAGAGCUGGAGACCAGAACAGGCGGUGGUGUUGUUCAGCUCAGUGGCCAGCGCCAGUGACAACACAGAAGAGCUGUCUGAAUCAAUACUGCAGGGAUUCACCUGCAGUGCAGUUCAGAAUCUACCACGCUCAAAAGUCACACAGCUGGUGAGAGCCUGCAGAGCACGUGCUGGCAGGAACAAGGUCGUCCUGAAAGAGCCUCAGCUGACCUGCAUGUACAACUACGUGAAAGAUGGUUCAAAUCUGACCUUCACUGACUUUCCUGCUGACAUGCUUCUGUACUACAACCUUCAGACACUGACGAAGGUGAACUGCGGGUCGUAUUUCAAAGCUCUGGGUGGAGCGGAUUUCUCGGUUCUCUCCAGCGUCCUCAACAGACAGUCUGCCUUGUUCAUGAAAGCAAAGGACUGCCUGGGUAUAUCUGGUGUGAGUCUGAACAGCACUCAGGUGGAGGUUCUGGGUAAUAUGGCCUGCACACUGGACCCCACCUACAUCCAGAACUCUGACCCACUCAUCCUGGAGAAACUGAAGAACUGUGGAGAUCUUUCUGACUCUCAAGUCACCGCAAUACAGACGCUGCUCUUCUCUGGCAACACUUCUUAUGGUAAUCCCUCAACAUGGACACAGCAGACUCUGGACCAGCUGGGCAUCUUGCCCCUCUACCUCAACCAAAGCUUCUGGGACAAAUUUAGCUCUACGACAACAACAACCUUCCUGAGGUCAUUCAUUCCAACCCUGAGGAAACAGAAAGUCCAGAAUUGGAAACUCAGGACAUUGUUUACAGCAGCCAACAGUUUUACAGCAAAAAGCAUUAACACCAAAGCCAGAGCGCUCACAAGAGCAGCAUGCACAACAGGCAACAUCACAGAGGCAACAGCUGCAGAUCCCUCAUUCCCUCUUGGCUACGACUCCACCCAGUUUGAUGCAUGCUUGGACAACACAUUACUGAAGAACAACAUAGCAGCCAUCACUGAGAAAGUCAUAGACUCCAGCUUCCUGACAAGCAUUCUGAGCAAAUUAAACCAGUUGUUCCCAUCAGGCCUUUCUGACAGUGUGGUGCAGAUUCUGAAUGCUGUGUCUCGUGUGGCCACUGUUAGUGACAUCAGCAAGUGGAACAUCACCACAAUUGACACACUGUCCUCUCUGAUGAAUUUGAUUAAUGGAGACUGGACCUCAGACCAGAGUAAAGUGAUCAUCAUGAAGUAUCUGAGCGUGGCUGUUAACACUCUGGGAACUGCUGAGAUAAACGCAAUCGGCUCCAACCUCUGUUCUUUGGAUUCCAGUGUCCUCAAAUCCAUCACUGCUCAAAGCCUGAAGUCAGCGAACGCUAUGAAUGUAUCCUCAUGUUCCAUUGAUCAGAAAUCAGCUCUGUACAGCAUUGCCAAGUCCUCGUUCAGCACUCAACGCAGCGACCCAACAGCAUACUACCAACUCAUCAGCUCUUACCUGGGUGGAGCUCCUGUGGAGGACAUAAUUGCUCUUUCUGCUCUGAACGUCAGCAUGGACAUCACCACCUUCUUGAAUCUGAACCCAGAUGUGAUCAAGGCCCUGAAUGUAAACACAGUGAUCAGCCUGAUGGGACAGAACAAGGCUGACCUGAAACUGUUUGAGAACACCACAACGGUCAGGAUGUGGGCGGCUCAGCAGUACAAUUCUGAGUUGGCUGUACUCGGACUUUCAGGAGGCAAAGCGGACCCCGUCAGCUCUACGGCUGCACCAGCCACUACGUUCACAACAGUAUUAACUAGCAUCACCAUCACACAGACCAACCAGACCGUCAACACAACGGGUUCAGCUGUUGUACAUCGUGGUUCAGGACUGUGGCUCAUCUCUCUGUGUGUAGGACUUCUGACCAUCACACUGCACACACUAUGAUAACCAUCUGCCCAAAUCACCCUCACACAUAGCCCACUUCUAAUGCACUGCACUCUAAUUUAACUUAAUAUACAGUUUCACUUUAAAAUACUUCUUAAUAUCUGUUUCACUUGUUUAU